AUGUGCCGCGUCGUACUGCUCGACCAGACCCAGUACGUCGAUCAUCAGUUGGGAGCGGGGCUCCCAAGUAUCCCAGGACGGGGGAUAGCCGUGCCACCGGACGAGAUAACUCGUCCGACGUUCGUUCACGUCGCGGUGGUUCAACAGCUGCUCAACUAG